AUGACAAUUAUCGGGAAAUCAUCACGGAUGCCCCACCGCUGCGCGAUUACCCAGCCGCCACCGGCAUUGCGUCCGCAAUCGCCAUCGCAUCUUCCACCAUACCUUAAAGAACACGAAAUCGUCCCCUUUGCCGCUCCAUCGCCACAGCAAAACCCUAGCAAUUGUUCUUCCAUGAUUGCGUCAUCCACUAGUAUAACAAAUCUUACUAUGGAUGAGAGGGCUCAUUGUGUAGAGCUUAUUAAAUCGUGCACAACCAUUUACAAGGCUCUAGAGGUCCACUCCAAGAUCCCCAAAUCGAUCAUAUCAGACACAUACGUUGCCAAUCUUUUGAUUAAAAUGUAUUCUCGCUGUGGGAGCUUAGAUCGCGCGAGGCAAAUCUUCGAAACUUUGCCCACCAAGAACGUCUUCACUUGGGCAACGAUGCUUUCCUCGUACGCUCACGGAGGGAAUCUGGGAGAAGCGAGGAGGAUAUUCGACGCCAUGCCAGAGAGGGACCUCGUCUCGUGGAAUGCGCUGCUGAGCGCAUAUUCUAAGCUUGGGUAUCUGGAAGAGACACGGGCAUUUUUUGACACAAUGAAAGAAAAGAAUCACGUCUCGUGGAAUGCGAUGCUGGCUGCGAAUAUACAACACGGCAGCCUUGAAGAUGCAAAAGGCAUCUUCGACAAGAUGCCCGAGUGGGACACGGUAUCGUGGACGGCGAUGCUCGCGGCAUAUGCCCAAUCUGGGUAUAUUCUAUUCGCCAAGCAGCUGUUUGACGGGAUGCCCUUCCGGGAUUUGGUGACGUGGAACGCAAUGCUUUCUGGUUAUGUCCAAAGCAAGAAUAUAGAAAAAGUACUUUUCCUUUUUAAUUCCUUCCCGGAACGAGAGCUAGUCUCGUGUACCACUGUGCUGACUGUAUAUGCCCAAGCCGGGCAUAUGGAAGAUGCGAAAAGAAUCUAUAAGGCCAUGAAGGAAAGGGAUCUGGUCACCAACAAUGCGCUCUUGUGCGGAUAUUCCCAGUAUAAAACCUUGGAAGAUACGAAGUGCUUUUACGACAAUAUGCCUGAGCAUGACCAUGUUUCUAAAUCUACAAUGCUCUCUGCAUUUGCCCAAAACGGGUAUCUAGACGAAUCUCAGGCACUUUUAAUUAGUGUAAAAGAAAAUCUUAUGGCCCAAACCAGCAUGCUGUGCGCAUAUGCUGAAGAUGGGCGUCUUAGCGAUGCAAAAAGAAUAUUUGAUGCGAUGCCUGAAAGAGAUCUCGUUGCAUGGAAUGCAAUACUCUACGCUUAUGCCCAAAACGGGCAUCAAGAGGCCGCGGCAAGUAUAUUCCACACAAUGGAUGGCCGAGAUGCGAUUUCCUGGAACGCAAUGUUAUCGAUGUACGCUUGGCAUGGUUUGCUUGCCAAAGCCGAACAAAUAUUUUACACUAUGGAAGAACCAAACAUUAGCUCUUGGAAUGCUUUGUUAGCGGCAUAUGCCCAAAGAGGGCACCACCUUAGAGUUCUUGAAACGUUUCACUCCAUGAAAGUUAUCAACGAUCCAGAUGAAAUCUCGUGGAUUUGCGGACUGCUGGCAUGCAGCCACGUAGGCAGUGUCAAUCUUGGGUGGUGUUUUUACGUAUCGCUCAACAUCGACUUUGGUUUCCAGCCGAGCAAGCAAAUCUAUAGCUGCAUGGUCGAUCUUCUUGGAAGAAUGGGGUAUAUGGAAGAUGCAGCGGAUCUUCUCCACAGCAUGCCAUUCGUUCCAGAUUCGCUGGACUGGACAAGCUUUCUGGGAUCAUCGAUUGCGCACAAGGAUUUCAAGCGCGGCGUCAAUGCAGCUGGGCUUAUUCUCAGGCAGUAUUCCCACAAUGGAGGAGCUUACAUUGCUCUUGCAAGCAUCUACUCAUCGAGGCGGAAUGUUCAAUUGAGCAAUAAGGAUGCAUUUAGUAUGUGA